ACAGGCUACCAGCUCGUUUGAAAUCAUCAGCGUCUUGCAACGCCAGAUCCUGAGGUACCACACAUUGGCGGGACCGGGACGUUUUCGGAGUCACCGACAUCGGCCCUUUCGCCCGGAAAUCCAUCGGUUCCACCGGCCCGACUCGCCUCCACCCAUUGAGACUGACCUCGACAGUUUUUUUGGAUACUGUCAUCUUCUCCGUUCUGGACCACUGUACCAUGUCGUUGAAUGCUCCGGAUCCCAUCGAUGAGCCCAUCCAAGAUGUCACCGAGAGUACACCUCUGUUGGCGAAGAAAGCUACGACGCCCUUGCCCAAACUCCAGCUUUUCAUCAUUUGCUUGAUCCGUGUUGUUGAGCCCAUCUGUUUUCAGGUCAUGUAAGUCCAGAGGCGAAAGGAUGGGCGCGCUUAACGAUUUAGCUUCCCCUUCAUCAACCAAAUGCU